AUGAAUAACUAUAUAUCUCAAAGAGUAUUGGUAUCAUGUAUAUUAUUAGUGUCCGUAACAUUGUUGUCGAUUGAUUGGAACUCAUCAUCAUCUGGUGUACUUGUGAUGGCAACACAUGGUCAGAAUUGUACAGGAGAUUGCUGUAAUGAUAUAUAUCACACAAGACCAUGGGCGACAUUCUUUGAUUGUGAUCUGGCCGAGCCAAACUAUCCACAAGAGGACUGGUACACAGACUUGUAUGCUUGGCGCACUGUUGACUUGAGAUAUACCAGUAGUCUGCGGUACAAACAAAAGAAGAAGAACUAUAUCUAUGAGUUUGUUACACAACAACUACAGAAGAGGGGAGAAUAG